AUAUGGCUUCCUUGUGGAGAAGAGUGUCUUCAUGGCUUUCCCCUUUGUGCGGAUCAUAUCUGAAGAGCUUUGCAUCGUGAUCGACCGAUCAUCUUCAAGAAGCUAGAUCAAUAAAAUGGCAAGGCAUAGAAACUACAGAAAUUAUGCCUACGAAGACGACAUGUCUGAUGAUGUGUAUGGUCAUUCAGUGGAGGAUUAUGACAUAGCAGUAUCACCAACCACUGCCGAGGAAUUCCUGUUCAGACGUAGCAAUAGUCGGGACCCAAAUCUAUCAGCAUACAUGGCUGAUAGAUUUGGCAGAGUGGAAGAAGAAGAUGAAGAAGAAUCUGAUGACGAACCUCUGGCUACAUCACAGGACUACAGAAGACCUCAGUUAGAUCCCAGGAGUGAAGAAAAAUUAUCCUCUUGUUUGGAUCAACUUCAUUCUAUUCUUGGAGAGAACUUAGAUGAAUGCACUGCUGUGACAGCACUUAUGCAGCACAACUUUGACUUAGAGAGGGCUCUGGAUCAAAUUCUUAGUGGUGGGGAAAAACAGGACAUGAAGGAUAAUUCACGUCCAGCUGGAAGUAAAGAUUCCAAGUUGCCAUGCAUCUGUUCAGUAAUAGAUCCCAGAGGGCAUCAAGAUGUGACCCAGUCAGAAAAACAGGUUCAAGUCAAUGAGCAAAAUAGACUAUGUAAAAAAGCUGUUGCAAAGCAGUUGUCUGCAGGUAGAAAAAAGAAUCUCAAAGCAACUAAAGAAACAACUUUGUUGGUAAAUAAUUCUGGCUCAGUAAGUUUGUCAGGCAUUUCUCCCACGGCAUUAUCUUUAAACACUUUGGCUCAAGGAUCAUCUGCUGACAACUCAUCAUCAAAUGACAGUGUUUUGCGCAAACCAACCAUUGCAGCGUCUUUGUCUUCAAACUCAAACACAAAAUUUGUUGGGUCGUUUAAUAUAGAUGGAGUAUCUGUAUCUGAACCUCCUCACACUGUGUCACCUCCCACUUCAUUAUCAUUGGCAGCAGAUGCUCAGUCGCACCAAGCAAGAGUCAGUGAUGGAUCAGAGAUGCCAGCACAAAGUGUUCUGUUAGCAGCCCCUCUAAGUAGCUUGUCUCGCUCAGGAGGGUCAUUAUCUGUACAGUCAGUGACAUCUCUUUCAGUUCCUCUUAGCCAUCUUUCUGGCCUAGGAGGACUACCAUCUUUGUCAGAGUCACAGAACACAGAUAAUAACAAGCUCCCCCUGACCUUGGGCAGUCUAUCGCAGUUGUCUCCUCAGCAAGGUCCUUUGUCAACUCAGCCAGUGACAUCUUCAUCAUCAUCUCUAUUGUCAGUUCCUCUAAGCAGUCUUUCAGGGCAGUUAGGAAUAUCAUCAGUUUCAAAGCCGGUGAUGGAUGGCACUAACAACCCUCCCUUGACUUUGAACACUUCACAGUCACAUUUAUCUUCCCAACAGAGCUCAUUAUCAGGACAAGCAUUGCCAUUGUCAUCAUCAUCUCUUCUUUCGGUUCCUCUCAGCAGUCUUUCGGGCCAAAUAGGAGAAUCAUCACUGUCAGAGCCGCCAAACAGUGGUCUCCACAACCCUCCCCUGACAUUGAAGAGUUUGUCACAGUUGUCUUCCCAGAAAGGCUCAUUUGGACCCUCUAAUUCUUUGUCAAGCAGCCCUCUGCUCUCACCUCUUAAUAGUGUCUCGCAGAAAGGCAGUGCACCCACUAGUGAAACAACCCUUGGAUCUUUACUUAACUCUAAAUCCAAAAGCUCUGCAUUUUCCUUACCCCUUAGGAACUUGGCUGAGAUUUCAAAAUCAGGGUCAGAAUCAGGAGAGGUUAUUACACAGGGACCUUCAUUGUCAAUGCUGCAUGGCAGUUUAUUGCAUGUAGGACACUCUCCAGGAAGUGGAACGGACACAUCACCCUCAAAACUGUCUCAGUCAUCUGGCACAUCCCUUUCAUCAAGUCCACUACCAAAUGUUGGUACUUUAAAUGGAAAUUCUUUGGCUCUCAAAUUAACUGACCUGAAGAUCCAUGGCAAUUUAAGUGGCAUUCACCAGCAGGAGAACGAUCAUAAUCACAACCAGACAAUGGAACACAAAGGCGUAAAAACACCUGUGAUGCCCUCCAUGUCUGACGUGCCUGUGAAACAAGAACAGUUAAAAUCAGUGCAUGCUGGGAAUAAAAAAUCAAUACAUGUUGCAACAAGUGCAAAGAAAGAUUCUGUUAAUAUUUACAAUGGCAAAAGAACAAAAAAGCAUUUAGAGGUAGAAAGAAAUGGUGGUAAAACACAAAUAAGACCGUCUCCAUUGAGAGCUAAACCGACCAUGUUUGCUUUAACAAUGUGCUCUGCCCAUAAUGCAGCUGCUCAAAGAGUAGUCAAGCAGCUUUACAAUGCAGAUCUCUCCAACAUAACCCCUUUUGACUUCUCUUCGCCAUCACCUGACGAUAUUGUGAACGAAAACAGUGUACAAAAAGAUCCUGAACCACAGAUCAAGCUUCAUCAUCCUCUCCUGAAUAAUGCAGCAAGCAACAACAAGAAGGAAGGUGUGUUGGACCCAGUCACUCCUCUGGUUACAGCUCUGUCAGAAAAGGCAUCAUUGGGCUUUUCAACUCCUUCAACUGAAAAAAAGAAAUCAAUGGAAAGCUCUCCUGAAGUACCACUUGAAGAAGACACAGACCAAGCUAAAUCAGCAGACACUAGCAAACAAAGAAUAGCUGCCAAGAACAGAGAGAAGGAGGUGCAAGAAGAGUAUGACAGGCGUCAGAGAGGAAAAAUUCUUCUUAAUUUGGUGGUGAUUGGUCAUGUUGAUGCUGGGAAAAGCACACUCAUGGGUCAUCUUCUUUAUCGUCUUGGAGAUGUUUCUAAAAAGUCAAUGCAUAAAUAUGAAAUGGAGAGUAAAAAAGCAGGAAAAGCUUCUUUUGCAUAUGCCUGGGUUCUGGAUGAGACUGGUGAGGAAAGAGAAAGGGGAAUAACAAUGGAUGUUGGUUUAACAAGGUUUGAGACAGAAACCAAAUUGAUAACACUCAUGGAUGCCCCAGGACACAAAGACUUCAUUCCAAACAUGAUCACUGGAGCAGCUCAGGCUGACGUCGCUGUGUUAGUGGUUGGCUCCAGCACUGGUGAAUUUGAAGCAGGAUUUGAAGCUGGAGGACAAACGAGGGAGCAUGCGCUGCUUGUCAGAUCACUGGGUGUAACGCAGGUCAUAGUGGCUGUCAACAAGCUUGACAACGUUGACUGGUCAGAAGCCAGGUACAAUCAUAUUACAGGAAAACUCAAGCACUUCCUAAAACAGGCUGGGUUUAAGGAGUCUGAUGUGGUAUACGUUCCUUGUAGCGGUCUCACUGGUGAGAAUCUAACAGGGUCUUCCAAAGAGCCUCUGCUGCGCGCGUGGUAUAACGGACCCUCCUUACUGGACAGGAUAGACAAUUUUAAGCCUCCGAAGAGGGACUUGGACAAGCCAUUUCGGUUUUGUGUGUCAGAUAUUUAUAAAGGAAUGGGAGCAGGAAUAAACGUAACUGGUAAACUGGAAGCUGGUAGACUUCAUGUCGGUGACAAGAUUGUUGUUAUGCCAGCGGGAGAGCAAGGACAGGUGAAAGGCCUAAGCAUACAUGACGAACCUGUGCAGUUGGCGUGCGCCGGGGAUCACUCCACAUUGGUUCUAUCGGGCUUGGACAUGAUGCAUGUCGGAUUGGGAACUGUUUUGUGUCCACCCCGCUCGCCGAUCAAAUGUACCACCAAAUUGAAAGCUCGCAUUUUAGUUUUUAACAUUCGUGUUCCUAUCACCAAGGGAUUCAUGGUAUUGUUCCACUACAAAACGUUAAAUGAACCAGCUACCAUCCAGAGGCUUUGUAGCGUUUUACACAAGAGUACGGGAGAAAUCCUACAAAAGAAACCCAGAUGUUUAACAAAGAACUCAAAUGCGGAGGUUGUAAUUCACACCUACAAACCCGUUUGUGUUGAAUUAUACAAAGACUACAAAGAUCUUGGAAGAUUUAUGCUGCGCUACAGCGGUGAAACCAUAGCCGCGGGCGUUGUAACAGAGAUUUUAUAAAACAGAGCUUUGCGAGCAAGUAUCCUCCCAUGAUAACCUUGCGAAAAACUGGAAAAAGUCAAUGUUUCAAGAAAUGGAUUGGAUUUCAGAACGUUCCGAACUAUUUUGCUGUUGUCCCAGAAGGAAAAAUUAAAUGAAUUGAAAAAGAUUUUUAAAAAAGUCUUUGAGAUUGAGGUUCAUCGCUGUGCGGUGAUAUGUUUAUAAAAGAGAAUUAUAAACGAAAAGAAA